AUGGACGAGGAGCGGUGGAAUGAGGUGUUGCGACCGCACACCACUGGCGAAGGCUGGCAGCCAUGCGGUGACAGCUUCUACAGGAUGCACAAGGUGUACAUGAACAUGGGCUGGUACAACCCGGACGAUGUCAUGAAAAGCAUCAGCUUGGGCGAUUACAUUCACGCAGUGGCUCCAUACGGCGGUCCUGUCGCGCUAACGCUGGACAGAACCAAGGUGACGGAGGUGCACGGCAUGCACGAAGUCACCAACGUCAAGAUCUUCUCCCCUGCUGGCUAUCGAAUGGGCACCAUCAAGUGGACGGGUGACCGGAACAUUGUGGGACUUGUCUGGGCCUCUGCCGAACACCUCAUCAUCGUGCAAGAGGACGGCGCUUGCCAGGUCCACAACGUCACCGGCGGGUUCUUGCACGCCAUUCCGCCGCGAGCCGAGCUCCGUAUCGGUGUGACGAAGAAACUGCCGAUUGGCACAGCGGUGAAGGCAACGCACAUGGCGGUGUCGUGGGACGAGGAGAAGGUUGCCGUGUUCCACGAGGGCAUGAUUCGCGUGUAUGCAAAGAACUUCACCGACCUCAAGUACGAGCUGGACACGGACACCAACGUCGAGCCCACGUCCAUUGUGUGGUGCGGCUCACACUCCGUCGUCGCCUAUUGGGACGAGGAGAAGAUGCCGUCCGGGAUGCUGCUGGUUGUGCCCGGCUCGCGGCACCAGACAACGUUCAGCUACGUCAAUCGCGUCAUCCUCUGCCCGGAGAUGGACGGCCUCCGCGUCAUCUCAGACGAGGAGCACGAGUUCCUGCAGCCGGUCCCGGACGAGAUGUGGAGCACUUUCCUCGCUGGCGACACCGGCGAGAGCAAACUCUACCAGGCCCGCGUGUUUUACGAGGACCGCAGCCCGCUAGCUGACGAGCUCCUCCGAUCCGUCAAGGAUGCGGGCCCCGAUGCGAUGGUGCAGGCGGUGCAGAGCCUGAUGGUCGCGGCCGAGCACGAGUGGGACCCCAGGCUCAUCAGGUGA